GCUAGGAAUAGUAUAUUGUUUGCUCUUUGACAAGACUGUUAAAGGGUACAUUUUGCAUAAAGAAUACUCGAGUGGGUUAAUCAAGAACAUUUUAACACCUUAUAGCUUAGUUUAAAUAUACGUUCUGUGUUUUUUGUCUACAGUUAUGGUCACUCAGGUAACACUGAGAAACCCUCCACAUUCAGUGUUAGCCGGUGACUCCAUCAAUAUUACCUGUGUGACCUCUGCCAGCAAACCACGGUCUUGUGUAAGAGUGCACGUACGGAAUUCCAGCAAAACUUGGGAACUAGACGCGGGUGACUGUAUCCAGAACUCCAAUACGAUAGAAGCCACAACCCGGACACUGACGUUUACAGCUAGUGCCGAGGAGAACGAAGCUGAGCUGUACUGUAACGCCUCCAACAGUGUGACGGAUCCUCCUGUACAAUCACAAGUCUACACACUCAGUGUGGAAUAUCACCCAAAGAGUGGCGUCCUCCUAUCAGGUUAUGUUAACAACACAGCCGUGGAGUCGGGGAAAACACUGACCUUGACCUGUCAAGUGGGAAAGGGGAACCCCCCACCAGCACUCAGCUGGUCAUCGGGGUGUGGUCAGACAAGCCCAGUUCCUCGUAACAUUGGAAGUCAGCAGAUCAGUAUCGGUAUACCCGUCAAUCCGUCCCUGAACCAGAAGACGUGUGUGUGUAAGGGGAGGCAGAACGGGUCGUUGUCCAGAUGGACGGAGCAGAAGAGCAGAACAUUUAAUGUAGAGUUUGGGCCUGACAGCGUGCAGCUACGAGCAGAUUCCGGACAAUCGGGAAACAAAGUUAACGUCAAAGAAAACAGCACCGUGAAAUUUACAUGUAACGCUAAUGAGUCCAAUCCUGCUGCAGUCCAUUCCUGGUCCAACAGUGGCAGUCCUGUAGCAGCAGCAGAGCUAUCAGAAGUAAGCUCAGAGAGAGGGCCAAAUCACGGGUACCUGACCACACGGAACUAUACAGUGAGGGUUGAUCGAUAUCACGAUGGUGACGUCGUCAGAUGUGAGGCUCAGAGGCCUGGUAAUGGAGGCAGUAAACGUGUAUCACCAAACCUCACACUAGAUGUCACAUACGGGCCGUUGUUUACCAGCUGUAAAUCAAAGUACAUUUUCGUGGAAAAUGCCACAGCUGAGCUCUCUUGUACAACCUGGGCUAAGCCUCAGCCAACGAUAAACUGGACUCGCGGAGCUCAGACGAGUGGCGUGAGUGGGACAAAUAAUAAUUAUACGUCUGUGGCCAUGUUCAACAAGAUCAGGAGGACUGACUCUGGAGUGUACACUGUGACAGCUAGUAAUGGCGUGGGGAGAUUAUUAGAGAGGACAGUCAAUAUCACUGUGUACUAUCCCCCGGAUAUAUCUGUGGUUCUGUUGUCAGAAGAAGAUGUCACGGAAGGAAGCCCUCUACAGCUGGAGUGUCGUGCUGAAGCUGUUCCUCAAAACUACACCUACUCUGUCUGGAAUCGUACCAUUGGAAACCUUAUUGUACCACUUAUAAACAACAGACCUGGGAAAUCCCUGUCCAUCAGUCAGGUGACGUUCAGAGAUCAGGGUGUAUACCGGUGUGGAGCCAGUAACGGGUUUGGAGGCGUUCAGUGGGGACAACUGGAGGUCAAGGUUCGCGCCCGGCCACAGUUUGUCAGACAGACCAACCAACAAGCAGCAGCCCUUGGUGAAAAUAUCAAACUGAUGUUUAAGUUUGUAUCUUAUCCAGCCUAUGUGAACCUCAAGUGGUACAAACUUAUCAAUGGUACAGCUGAAAAACUAACCGUCUCUAACUCAUCCGGGAGUAAAUACCGAAGUCACGUGACGGAUGCUCACCACGAGUUUAUCUUUUACGACACCAAAGUCCUGCUUUCCGGUCACGUGGCGGAACUUGAAAUCUCUGACGUUAAACAUGAUGAUUUCGGGAAAUACAAAUUUGUUGCUGAAAAUGACGUGGGAUCUUCUGAGACCAUCAUGUCUUUUAACUUAAUAGAUCGUCCUUGUCCACCUACUUUAACAACCACAUUUUGUGAAAACCGUAUGGCCAAUGUGACGUGGAUUUCCUGUUUCGAUGGCGGUUCUACUCAGACGUUUAAACUACAGUACAAAAAGAAGGGUGGCGAUUGGGUUGAAUUACCUGGUAACAUAACAGACCCGGGAGAGGAUAAGGCUGUGAGCGAGGUGGUGGAGGGUCUCGAGGAGAGGGGAGAAUACAUCUUCGGGGUUUACGGUGUGAACAGGUGGAAUAAAAGUGAAAUGGUAGAGAAGAGUUGUACAGUUACAGGUAAAUGUGAAGGUCAUGUGGCACGCAAACAAUAA